AUGCCUUCUAGAAGAAUACCACAGGUGCUACUCCUUGGAAGGAUUGAGCUCAAGAGCUUGCUCAGAACUCGAGGGCAUUUGAGAUUAUCGAUUUUGGUAGACGGUGAUGAGGACCUGCAGCUUCCUUCCCAGCCUCGUCCAAGGCAGCCACGCAGGCCGAUAAUAGCAAGGCAACAGCAUACAUAUCUUAUACCGUCCAGUCAUGUCGCAACUAUACCGAAACUCCCCACAUCGCUACAUCGCAUCUCAACUGUAAAAACACCUCAAGUGACAUCUGGUCUCCUACAACACCAAUUUAUAUUUAAGAGCAGGUUUCACAGCACGCCCCCUGCAAGAAAGACGCUAUUGAUUGGGGCUCUAUCAAUAGGCUUUUAUAACUCUCUGAGGACCAUUGUCACUGCUAUGCCUGUAUUGUGGAAGUGGAACUUUUUCAAACGCUAUCCGAAAACAAUGUGGAGUCUUGUUGGAAUAGCUGGUGUUUCAACGCUUGGUUGGGUUUUGUUAUCUUAUGAACAACAUCCCCUAACACAACGAGGUAGAUUCAUGUUUGUCGAUGAGCCUACUGAGCUAAAGAUUGCAGAGACAUUCUAUCGUGACUUCGUCGCAAAGCAUAUAAAUCGAUUCCUCCCAGCUACACAUCCCGAUUUCAUAAGAGUCAAGCAAGUAGCUGAGAGUAUCGUAACAGUUGUUGGACCAGUACGUGAUUGGGAGUUGUUUGUUGUAGAUGAUUUGUCAGUGUCAAACGCAUUCGUCAUUGCCACCGGCAAGAUAUUUGUAUAUCGUGGCUUGCUUGUUGAUUGCCCCACGCAAUCACAUUUGGCUGCUGUAUUGAGUCAUGAGAUCGCACAUGUCUUGUCUAGGCACGCUGUGGAAAAGAUGGGCUUCUCUCAAUUAUCUCGUAUAUUAUAUGACAUGCUGCAUUCGGCCCUCUACACUCUUAGCGUCAACCUCCCAGUAGUCAGUGAUAUCCUCGGAAGGACAGUAGAUGCUAGUGAACAAGUCCUAUCGCAACUCCCAUACUCUCGAAUGGUCGAAACAGAAGCAGAUACCAUAGGAAUCUAUCUCAUGUCAAUGGCAGGAUACGAUCCACGAGCAUCUGUAGAUUUAUGGGAAAGAUGGGCUCUAGCUGAACAGGCUUCUUCUAUAAAGGAUCGAAACUCUGACGCUCCCACUAUACGACUACCUGAAUUGUUAUCCGAUCAUCCGUCACAUGGUAAUCGGGCAAGAGAUCUGAGGGAUCACGUAGCUGGGGCAUUGAAAAUAUAUGAUGCUAGGAAUCAGUUGCAGGAAGCUUUGCAGAAGGAACUUGGGAAUGCUGUAAAGCCAUUAGCGAGUCAGGAUCCUGCUGCCGCCAGUAAUGUCGCUUCUACGAUAAAGAGUCUCACUAUAGAUGAGGUUGAUAGAGCCUUGUUCCGAGUAUUAGAAGAUCACAUAACGAGUCAGCCGUUCUGGUGGGCUUCGGAUAUCGGCCGUCAAGACAUCUUAGAGAAGAGUCUUUCCAUAUCGAGUCUGAAGAGUGAGGAAUCAAAGAAGGAUAAGAAGCCGUCACAGCUUGAGUAUCUUUUGAACACUAUUAGGUGGAUUUCCCUACCAAGCAAGGCGUGA